GACCAACAUUCACGACGAUGUCCGAUUAUGACUUCCGCCCCGGCGGCUCCCUCAAGCUUAAGGGGGGUGUCGCCGAGGGGGGCAUUGUAAAGAAGAAAAAGUCAAAGUCGAAGUCGAAGGCGAAAGACAAGGAGAAGGACAGGAGCAUUGAAGAGGCACGGUUGAAGGAGCUGGAGAAGUUAAUGGAAGAGGAAGAGGAGAAGGCCAAGUCAGCUUCACCAUCCGACAGUGGCAGGAACUCGCCCGCUGUCGGUAGCAGCGAACGAAAGACCGCAGCUGAGAAGAGGUUCGAAGAGGUGCAGCGCAAACGUCUUGCUGAGAAAGUGGCCAGGUUGGCGAAUAAAACCCACAAGGACCGGGUGCACGAGUUCAAUUCGAAACUGGAGGCUCUCAGCGAGCACCACGAUAUUCCGAAGGUCGGUCCUGGUUAAGACCUCCAAGAUGUAUUGUUAUCGUUGCCUGUACUUUGCUCAAUGCUGUAUAUGUUUGCUGGUUGUGGACGUCGUCUUGCCGACUGACCGGCACAAUACAUUCAAUUUUGGGAAUAA